AUGGCGAACUCGACCGUGCUCUCUUCGACCACCUACUGGGGUCAAUUCGAGGAGAUUGGCAAGUACAAUGCCAACCUGAACGUUGCCGAGCGCUUGUGGGCGGCCUGGUACGCGUGGAUGCAGAACGAUGUCCUGGCCACCGGUAUCAUGUCUUUCAUGAUGCACGAGUUGGUCUACUUUGGCCGCUCGUUGCCUUGGAUCUUCAUCGACAGUCUGGGUUUGUUCAAGGGUUACAAGAUUCAGAGCAGCAAGAUUCCCUCUUUGCGCGAGCAGUGGGACUGUGCUAAGUUCGUGCUCCUGAGUCACUUCACCGUGGAACUUCCUCAGAUUUGGCUCUUCCACCCAAUGGCUCAAUUCUUUGGUCUCUCGACUUCGGUACCUUUCCCCUCCCUCUGGACCAUGGCUUACCAAAUCGCGAUCUUCUUCGUGAUGGAAGAUACCUGGCACUACUUCUCCCACCGUGCUCUGCACUGGGGUCCUCUCUACAAGGCCAUUCACAAGAUUCACCACCAAUACUCGGCGCCCUUCGGUCUGGCUGCCGAAUACGCCUCCCCGAUCGAGGUCAUGAUCCUCGGUUUCGGAACCGUCGGCUGCCCAAUCGUUUGGUGCGCCUUCACCGGUGACUUGCACAUUCUAACCAUGUACAUCUGGAUUGUCCUGCGUCUCUUCCAGGCCAUCGACGCGCACAGCGGCUAUGAAUUCCCCUGGAGUCUUCACCACUUCCUGCCUUUCUGGGCCGGUGCGGAUCACCACGACCUCCACCACGAGAAGUUCAUUGGCAACUAUUCCAGCAGCUUCCGCUGGUGGGACUACGUUCUGGACACCGAGUACACCCCCGAUGCGCUCAAGCGCCGGAGGGAGCAGGCGCCCGCAAAGAAGGCUCAAUGA